ACGACAUUGGGGCCGAGACGGCGGCACGGCAGUCGCCGUCAGAGUUUCGCGCGGUGCGCGCAGUUGGCAGUCCGACUUGGUAGCGAGCGGACGUGUACACGUCGUCUAUCGCCUUCUCGCACUUGCGUUCAAGAGAGAGCUCAUACGUUACGCAUAUGUAUAUAUAUAUAUGUGCUGUAUAUACGCGACGCGCGCCGACACCUGCAGCGAGAUAAGAAGCGCGAACGGAGGAGAGAGAGUUCAAGUUCAUCUCUCCGUUCAGGUUUACUUUUUUUUUUGGAGAAGAGGAAGGGUAGCCACUGGUUUCCACUUGGAGAUUUAUUAUCCGUUCGGAGUGUAAUUACUGUAAUUUCGUCGAGUGUCGGUGAUACGUAACGUCUCGCCGAGUAAAGUUGUUGAGAUUCGUGUUAGGAGGACGUGACUGUUGUGUGACAGUCGACGUGGGACGUUGGACGAGAACGGGGGUAUAACCGCGUGCCGUUCCCGUUUUCAUUUCGUUCACGUUAACGCGUGUGUGGAGUCACGGAAAACUGUACAUGUAUAAUAUUUGACUGAUCGUGCGAAAGUCGAAGAUAUCAAUAGAAUCGACGACAAAGUGGAUCGCUGUUCCAUCGUGAACUCAAAAUCGACAGAACCUUUCAAAAUUGAUGUACUAAGAAGACAAAUUAUGGUGGCAGAAUUUGUCGCCCGCCAGAGUGGAUCGCCCAUUAAUGGUGAGACCGCGUGCCUGAACAGCAACAUACCGGCUACGCACACAAUGGCACACGGCGGCGGUCAUGGCGCGCCCCAUAGCGGGCCCCACGACGCCCACGGGCCCCUCACGGUGCCCCUGACGCAUCCCGGUCUUCAUGGCGGACCGCCGGUCGCGAUCCAGCAACAUCAACAUCAACCGCAGCAGCAACCGCCACUGCAGCAGCAGCAGCAGCAACCGCCACAUCACCAUCAUCACCAUCAGGCCCAACAGUCGCCGCAGCAGCAGCAGCAGCAGCAGCAGCAGCAGCAGCAACAGCAUCUUCAUCACGACCAGCAGGUAACGACGCAUCACGACAAUUACUCGUCCAAUUUUGACAUCCGCAAGGAGCUGUUCUCACAGCGUAAGCAGCGUGAAUUCAUUCCCGACAACAAGAAGGAUGACAGCUACUGGGACCGUCGCAGACGCAACAACGAGGCGGCCAAGCGGUCGCGUGAGAAGCGUCGCUUCAACGACAUGGUGCUGGAGCAGCGGGUGAUGGAGCUGAGCAAGGAGAACCAUAUUCUCAAGGCGCAACUCGAGGCGAUACGCGACAAGUUUGGCAUCUGCGGCGAGUCUGUCAUCAGUACCGAGCACGUGUUGGCCGCGCUGCCAACGGAACCACCGAUCAGCGUGAAGCGGGCGAAACUUCCGGCGUCAGCUGCGCUCCUGUACGCUCGCACGCCAAGCCCGGUGCAUACAUCGGUGAUCCAUCAGCCGGUGAGUGGCGCCCGAUCACCCAGAUCGCCCGGCUCGCAGCUUUACGUGCCCGAGACGACGGCAUAUCCUGAGACCGAGAGCUUUCAAUACCCGUACUCGCAUCCGGCGAUGCACCAUUUGGAUACCUCCCCGAGCAGCGCGCUCAACCUAUCGUCGCGCGGUCGUCGGGCACAAUCGCCGUACGAGCUCUCGUCGGGUAGCGGUGAUGAGGCCGGCGGUCCUCAGAUAGUCUCCCAGAACAAUCCGGCCGCCAACAACAGUCUGCCGCACAAGCUCAGGCACAAGUCGCGCAUCGGCGACAAGGACGCCGCGAGCGCGCUUUUGGCGCUUCAAGGUAUCAAGCAGGAACCUGGACCGCGAGCAUCACCGCCCUGGGAUAACGAAGGUUCGAGUGACGAGCGCGACUCUGGCAUUUCAUUGGGCGCCGAAUGGACUGGCCCGACCGUCACCGCUGUCUCGGAGAGCGACCGGGAGGUAAAGAUGAAGUUGGACCGUUUGGCGUCCGAGGUCGCAUCCCUACAGUCGAUAUUCCGCCUUGGAAAACCGGUCUCGGCAGCAGCAGCAGCGGCGGCAGCGGCGGCGGCGGCAGCCGCGGCGGACGGCUUGGUGACCGGACACUCUGCCGCCGCGGUCAGCGGGCCGUGAAGGACACACGACCCGCCCUUCUUUCGCGCAGGGAUCGCGCGAGAAUCCUCCUCUUCCCCAUGGCCGGGAUUCUUCAAAAUUGAACGUAAAGGAAACGACGUCGAAAUGUCGUCGUGACGACGCAUAGGAAAGGACGGAUCGUCGCGGAGUCUGAUGUCAUGCCGAGCUGGGAGAAUCGUCGAUUGAUUGGAAAGAGACUUUUUAAACGUUUAUUUAAACACGAUUGUAAAGAAUUCUCGCGUUUGUGGAUGCAACGAAAGCAGAUGGAUAGAAAUCGCGAUUAAUCUUCGAACGAUCGAUGACAAUAUUCACGAGACAAAAUUCGUCUUCUAAAACUCAAUUCUUAUACCGUGAUCACUCUCAUCUCUAUUUUGAUAUGUAUUAUAUAAUCUCAUGCAGUGCGUAUUAAUAAAAUAUUGAUAGAACUAAUCGAUGAUUCUCUAAUCAUAUAUAAUCAGCAAAUAUGCCGAUAUCACAAGAUGAAAAGAAAUUUCGCCGAGUUUUAUCGAGAUAAAACAUUUAUAUAAAUCGUAGUAAUUUGCAAUUUCCGAUUACUAUCAAUCUGCUUGAGACACCCCGAACUGAUAAUCAGAAGUCUCGCCUGCGAAAUUUUAAUCCCUCAACCCGUAGAUCGUAUUUUCCUCUUCGAUGAAAAAAAAAUGUAAGUUAUUACGAUACACGAAAGACAUUAAUCGUGCUCGUUUAGAAUUUCCGAUCGAUCUACCGGUCGAAGGACUUACAGGCAUUCUUCCCUCUUGAUCCUGAAACGAAGCGGAGUUAGGAAUUAAGAGUUGAUGCGAUACCUAUAGUGUUGUAAGGUUGUUACGUUAUAAAACUCCCGUAGGUAGGCUAAUAUCGUUCUUAUAUAUUAUCAUUAACUAGACUUUUGUCGAUUCGAGCAGUCAGUUGUAUCGAACUAAGUAUAAUCGGUGAAUUCUGGUGGAUACACCACCGCCAUCCAAACGAAGCACUAUAUUACAUGUGAGUUACUCACCGAUUCGCGCAACCGGCUAUCUCACUACCAUCGGAUAUUCAUAGUACGAUUUAUUCCAGCGUAUGAAAUGGGAUUAUUUCUUCCUCUUCUUUUUCGUUAGACAUUCGCAUCGUCAUAUUGUCAUCACCAUUUUAUUCACAUGUCAAGCGACGAGCGACAAUGACUUUGCAUAGUGGAGCUUUAAGUAGCUAGAUUUUUCAAUAUAUUGGAAUCAUUUAUUUAUCGCCAAUCAAAUUUUGUUCUCUGUUAAUCUCGAAAAUGUUUGAAAGUUUUAUAAGCAAUAUUUAUGUUUAUUUAGGACAUUUAGAGAUUUAAAAUAUUUAUUUUAAUUUCGCUUCCUAUUUAUUGUUUCUUUUCGCGUCUCGAAAAUCGCACCAAAAUUUCAACAAAGCUCCACUAAUCUUGGAACUUGUCUCUUUUGAUUUUUCGAAUCAUGUAAAUAUAAACUUGAUGCGAAGGAAGAAGAAUGACGAGAUUGCGUUUCUUUGACAAUCGCGCCGAAUUUUCGACGACGUUUUCUCGCGACUAUAUAUGUUGCCUCUUAUUUUUUUAUACUUUUGUUAUCGAAUCACUACGGUAUCAACAUAGUAGCGUGUCUGUAUAUAUGUAUAUGUAAAGAAAACGAAAAAUGCAUCUAUGUUACAAACGCCGGACGAGAAACGCCAAUAUUGAUGUAUGUAUAAUAGGAUGCGGAAAAUUCUCUCGAAAGAUGAAAUUUUACGCAUAUUGAAGUAUUAAGCGAGCCUAUAAGUGUAUGUAACAUAGGAUAUAUUUGCAAGAGUGCGUGCGUGCGUGUGCAUGUGGUUACACGCACGAAUAUAUACAUAUAUAUAUUUUUUUUUCAGAUUGAUGUAUUUUUCGAUAUCGUCAUUGAAACUAGUUAUAACGCGUGUACAGUGCUUAAUUGUGUCGUCGUCGAUUCGGAGAGGUACUCGAUAUAACAGUAAGAUUUGUCAAUCGAAUAGCGGGAAUCGUCGAAAUCACAACUAGAACCAAAGUGUGAUUUUUUUCCAAAAGCGACGAAGUGACAAAUGAAAGGAUAUCUGUUGUCUCGACGACGAUAAAGCGAGUAAUCGGCAGACAAGUCGACGACGCGAUCGUGGAGAAGGAAUUGGCGAACUAAUAUCCCGCUCGAUCAACAGUUUAUUUUUACCACAUGUGAUAAAGUACGUGUAAAGCGAUAAAGGCGCGAAUCGACGUUAAUUCGGGAAUAACCGUAAUACAUAUAUACAUACAUACAUUUUAUAUAUAUAUUGAGAAGAGGCAUCUCUAUUUAUUGUAUAUUAAUCAUCUAUGUUACGGCGGAGCGAACGACGACGAGGAAAUUGGACGAGCGAUUAUUAAGAGCCACACAAAGGUAGAAACGUCUCACUACGCCGUGACACUGUUUAUUGUACUGCGAUAUCGCUCGCGAAUAGGUUCUCGUUUAUAUUCCUCUCACUCCCCGUAUCUUUUACAUUACUCUCUUUAGCGUAAACGUUUUAUAUUUUAUACGGUAUGUUUGUGCGUAAAAUUCCGCAAUCGGUGUCGAGAAUAUGACGGUUCCCGUGAAAAAUCUAAUUGUCUAAUUGUCAACUUUCAAUUUUUUGGCUUAAAAGUGUACACACAAAAAUGCAUCGAUAAUGUUAAAUAUUAAAUAGCCAAUAUAAAAAAUGUUCCGAAUCAUCGUCGCCGAGCUCCAAUGUUGGAAGAAAAAAAAAAAAAGGGACAAAAUUUGUCAACAACAUAUUGUAUCUCACAGUCGCGUCACUCGCUAAAAUACCGAGAGUGCCUGUAAUAACCGAAUCAUGUGCAUUUUUUGCCGUGACUCUACUACUGAUUGCUAAUUUGUUGGGAUUAAAAGUUUUGACAGCAAGAAAAGAACGAAAGUAUUGUAAACGUGUUGUCUUCUAUCGUUAAUUAACGAGCGUCCACAAUUUUCCGCAAUCAGGAUGAAAUCUCGACAUGAUUUCAGAUUUAAUUCUUCAUGCACAUAAGCACGCGCGCACACAUACACACACCGAUUAUUCGCGCACUUUUGCCUCGCUCGCGCCUCAAAUGAUUACGACGAGAGCCGAUAUAUUAUUAUUACAAAUUGUACAUACAAUCGCACCUUUUUUUGCCAAAAAGCAGUUACGAGGAUCGCUGGAACAUCGGCCGGAGAAGGAAUGACAUUUUCAUCCUCCCACCCACAUUUUCCCUUUUCUUUCACUUCCUUCUCUUCCUUCCCAUUGUAUUCCGUUGAAAUCGUUUGCGCGCGUUUCGAUUACAGUUCCUAUGCACUAUAUUAACGAUAAAACAAAGGCGAGGAUCGUUAACCCGUCGUCAAUUUAUGAUAAAAACUGUAAUUCCAACCAAUCUGAUAAGUUUGGUUCUCCUUUCUCCGGCUGUUCGGAGAUGUAAGUAUUUAGAUUCUAAGGGACAUAUCCGCAGCGCGUGUAGUGUACUUGUAUAUGAAUACCGAUAAAUAAAUAUUUUCAAUGUUUUU